AUAUUUUUUUUAUGCACCGUUUUGUAUUUAUAUAUAAAUCUCAUAUAAAUCUUACAACCAACAGGUGACCAUGCCUUCGAAUUAAAAAAACGUCGAUCCCAUAGGCUAAUUUCGUGGGUUGAAAUUCCACUAGGAUAUUUUUCUGACAGCAUGGCUGGUGCAGAUCCAAAAUGGCAGAAGGACGCCGCCGACCAGAAUUUCGAUUACAUGUUCAAAUUGUUGAUAAUAGGAAACAGUUCGGUUGGCAAAACGUCGUUUCUCUUUAGAUAUGCCGAUGAUAGCUUCACGUCAGCGUUCGUCAGCACCGUCGGAAUAGACUUCAAAGUUAAAACUGUUUUCAGACAUGACAAAAGGGUCAAACUACAAAUAUGGGACACUGCAGGGCAAGAGAGAUACAGAACUAUUACCACUGCAUACUAUAGGGGAGCUAUGGGAUUUAUUCUAAUGUAUGAUAUUACAAAUGAAGAAUCAUUUAAUAGUGUACAGGAUUGGGUAACUCAAAUCAAGACAUACUCCUGGGACAACGCUCAGGUUAUUUUGGUGGGAAACAAAUGCGACAUGGAAGACGAAAGAGUCAUCAGUUUCGAAAGGGGAAAACAACUAGCUGAACAACUUGGUGUAGAAUUUUUCGAAACCAGCGCAAAAGAAAAUAUUAAUGUAAAGGCUGUCUUUGAGCGUCUGGUAGAUAUAAUCUGCGACAAGAUGUCGGACAGUUUAGACACAGAUCCAACCCUGAUGAGCGGCGGAGCCAAGGGUCAGCGUUUGACGGACGCCCCUCAGGGACCUCAAGCUGCCAAUUGUAACUGUUAAUAUACUUAUAUAAUAUUCUGAUUAAAUACUAAACUGUUGAUACUUCGACCAGGAUGUACGAAAACUAAUUUUUAUUUUUAUUCUCAUUGAGACUGACAAUACGCAGGCGCAAAAUCGGUUCAGGUCAUCAGAUAUCAUAACCUAACAUAACCAUAAAGGACCCUCAGUUUAAAAAUUUAUUUUGUAGUUGUAUAUACAGAAUAGUUUAUAUAUACUAACAGAAAUAGUAAAAGCAAAAAAAUUAAAUUAUGCUGAAAUAAAAAAAAAUCAUUUAGGUUCAUCCACGAAUAUGUAACAUCUUCAGACAAUAGUUUUGGUCAAUUUUACAAUGGAAUUUAGGAUCUUUUUUUAUAAAUUUUUCACAAAACUGAUCAGAAGUUUGAGGCAAAGUCUUCGGUCAAUGCGGAAAAACCUGGGAAAGAAUGACCAUUACUCAGCCUAGGCUAAAGGUGGGACGGAGCCGGUCAAUCAAUACUUGGUACAGAUGAGGAACAGAAGCGACUAGUUAUUACCACAAAUAUUAAGAAACAUAAACUGCUUUAUAUUUAUGGGAUAAAUAGUAAAUAUUACUUCAAUUUGCAGCGAAUCGUAAUAUAUGAAAAAUAAUAAAUAGCAGAUACAACUGGCUAUUUAGUCUUACACAAAAUUUUGUAAUUAGGUGAGGCAAUGCAUUAAUAAACCUACCAAAUUUUUGCAGUUGGAUUUAUGUCAAUAAAAAUUAAUGCAUUUAAUUCGUAAAAGCGUUAGGAAAUUUUGUGAACUAAAGUGAUGAUCUUGAAAUGAAAAUAACAUUAUUAAACAAAGAAAAUGCAUUUCCAAAGUGCAUAUUGAAGUAAUGAAUAAUAAAAAAUAAUAUGUAAUUCGGAAAUAAUUGACUAAAAUAAAGUAAGACUAAAAAAUCUUACUACUAUCUUACUACUCGCAGGUUUUUAGGCGAGAGAGAGCCCCACCUUCUGGAAUUUUGUGUAAGUUCGAUGCUUCAAUGCAAACUCAUUACUCGAUUGUUGGAACUGGAACUUUCUUCAAUAUUUAAAGUCUCAAAAAUUAAUAAUAUAUUAUAAAACUGAACUGAUAUGAUUUUUUCUUAAAACUUAAUAAAAAUCUCAUUCAAAUUUAUACAGUACUACUUUUUAAUUUAUUUAUAAUAAAUAUUAAUAAUAUUUAAGGAAUAGAACAAAAAAAAAACGUGGAAAGUAAUAGGUUAUCGUAUUAAACUAAAAAGGCGGGAAGGGUGUACAAAAUGACAUACAUUUUUAAAAAACCGAAAAUUUUACUUAAAGCUUAAAAAACUGAAAACAUUUUUGUAAAUAAAACUUGGAAAAAGUAUUUAAAACAGUUCAGAGAAGUUUUUGACAAAGUAGGAAAAAAUAUAAAGUUUUAGCGAAACAUAUAAAAAUUAACAAUAAAGUUUAUUUUACUCUACCUGGCGGGCAAAAUAACACAUUAAUAGCGAUUGAUAUCUUCAGUCGGUACAAAGCUCGCAAACAAACAUUUUUGUUCCUUCUAGUACAACGCACUCAGCAUGUGUUCACUUUUGACACAAAGCAUAGCAUAGCCAUAGCUCACCUUUUUUAAACAACUUGUACAGUUCUGUAUAGUAAAUGCAAGCAGCAUCAUUAUUUUCUUCAUUAACAGAAAAGUUUCUCGUUCGUUUUCCGACUCGCAUUCUAUAAAAACAUUCCUUUUUUUACCGCUCUUUUUAAUUUUGAAGGGAACACUUGUUUCUAAAUUUGGAGUUGAGUUAAGAAUAGAAGUACCUUAACGUUUCCUUGCCUUUCUUUUUUCCUGACCGGAAACAAGUGGUCCGACUGGAACUGGACUUACAUAUGCCGGAAUAACCACUAUUAAAAUGCCACGUGUUGGAUUUUGUAAUUUUGAGUGAACUGUCAUCGCAUUAGGAACUUCUAUGUUAGAAGAGUUUUAGAAAAUCCAUGAGCAGCAUUCUGGACAUAAGCUACUUUUUCAUAGGCUUCAUUUAACAGGCCACCAAUUUGGAACUGAGUCACAACUCGAUCAGGAUGAGCUUUGAGUAAUUUGGUUAUUUCUUUGUCAUAAUAUGUUUUGUGUAGACCAAAGAAUGCUACAUCGAGAGGUACAUCAGAUGUGUAUAGUGAGCAAGUAAACAAAAAAGUUUUAUUCCUUAGAGAAUUCUCGACAUUCCAUAGCCAAAAGGCAUAUUAUCAAAUACGACUUUCAAACAAAACACGUGAGUUGUGAAAAAGUCCUAAACGAAUUUAAAUAUAUUUUGGACUACAACGAAACAAUUUCAAUUCACUUUGUGAGAUAAUUCAUCACGAUUUAAAUAAUGAGCCUCUAAAUUCACAAAUAUCAGACGCUAACAUUUGAAAUGACAGUUCGGGAAUUUUUCUUAGUAUUAACGGCUCUUUAAAAUUAUUUCUCUAAUAUCUCUUACAAUCAAUACAGUUUCUAAGUAAAUCCACUAUGCCCUUAUUCAUAUUUAUUAUACAUAUAAUAUCAAUUGUCUUGCUCUUUGUUGUGUUUUUGUAACCCCAAAGUGUUUUUUAUGAAGCAACUUUAACAUCCUAUGCCGUAAAAAAUCCAGAACUAUACCUUUGUCCUUAUUCUGUCAGGACAUUACAUUCGUGAGCUAUUUAGUCUCAUGACAAUUUCCAUAAAACCCCAGGCGACGACGGCCAUCCUAGGCACGAGGUGCCUGGAAGAUGAUUGCUGUCAUAAUAUUCGUGUUCAGCGGCCCCAAAAACCCCGAAUAGUAAUAUUGAAUUCAUUGCAGUCAAUUAUCUUCGAAUUAAUAAUCUAUUAUUUUUAAUACCUACGAAAUGCACUUUAAAAAACACAUUUACUUGUUCAAUAAUGCAAUUUCAUUGUUACAUUAUCAUUUUUAUUUAAUUUUAUUUAAAUUGCCUGACAAUCUUACGAAUCGAAUGCAAAAAGUUUCAUUGAGAUCCAACCAAGUGAAAAUAUUGGUUUUAAGCUUUUUAGUGCUUCAUUGCACCACCUUAAUAAGAGUCGUAAAAAGCAAACCACCCAUAAAGUAAGUAAACAAAAGAUUAAUUGGUUUAAAAUUGUAAGGAAAUCUCUACUUAAAUUUUUAUAUUGUAAACAUACUGUAUAUAUAACUACAGUUCUAGUUUAAAAUCCACUAUUUUUUAGUUUAUUUUAAUUACAAAAAUAUUUCCUUAAAACCAAUUAAAUUCUUCUACUAAAACCAAUAUAUUUGUCGUGAUUUUUAUUUAUUUAUUUAUUGCUUUAAAACUGUUUUGAUGACCAAACCCUUUUUCCGUUUAGAUUGCAUGCGUCUGUAUAAAUGCAUCUAAUUGACACAAAAGUAUAAUUUCUACGAAAGUAAGAGUAUUAAAAAAGUUUGUAGAAGUUAACCUUUUUCCUACGAAGGUAUAAAAUUUUGUUUUAUCGCUACCAUACACUAAUUAUGUUAAAAUCUACUUUUUGAUACAACUUUUGCUCAUUUUUCUAAAUAAAUUUAGAUAUGUACUCGUUAAACGCGUAGUAAAAGAUCAGCAGAUCAAAAUGAACCAUUUUUAAAAAAUACGGAACUAGGAAGACAAUAAUUCUUUUGGACGUAAAUAAAUUGGAGCUGUGUAUCCUGAAUUUUGAUACGUAUUUUAUUCGGUUCAAACAGAAUUUAGUACCUUCAAAGCCUUAAGCCACUUUAAAAUUUUAAUUAACAUACGCAUUUCAUAUUUACUAACUAAACCCAACAAAACGAUGUCAAUACAACAAACUGUAGCAUAGAUUGGAAGAUGUAGAAAAAUGAUGGAAUGUUCGUAGCGAUGUAUCAUGUCAAGCUGUUAAUUUUACUAGUGUUGAACAUUUAAAAAAUAUGGUAGAUUGACCAGAUGUCUAUUUUAAAACCUUCAACAUCAGUUAUAAAAAAACCAAUAAAAUUCUUAACAAAUAAAAUAUUAUUUUAUAAUAGUGUAAUGUUAAUUUUAAUUUAUUAAAUACACAAUAAAUUUAU